UAUACACACACACACACACUUAGGUCGUCUCAGAUGUCCAGAGUCUUGACUCAACACUCCUACUGUCUCUAGACGCUUCAAACGUUUUCCCGCCAAUGAUAACGUCAAGGGACUUUCAAGAGAUUGCCGAUAAACUCUCCUCUGAUAAGGCCAAAGCGAGAGAGGAAGGAAUAAAGUUGUUGUGUACAUGGUUAGAAGGAGAAAGAUCUGUCAUGUUCUGCAGAUUUCUUGGAAAGAACACUGCAAAGUUGGAUUCGAAUGAUAUUCCUGGCUCAGAUACAUGGCCAUAUCUUGUAAUAUUGCUCAUCAGUUGCAUAAAACUAGAAAUAUCUACAAGCAAGCGGCGCCCGCCUAAGAUUAAUCUUGCAAAAUCUCUUCGAGCUGUCAUCCAACGAGCUGAAGAUGCCAAGUUUUCAGGAAAGGUGUUACCUCUAUUAUCUGUGGUUAAAAGACUUUUUAGACAUGUUUUCGAUGUGUUAAGCAAUGUUCCAAGUUUUCAGUCGGAAUAUGGGAUUAUACUUCGGGAUCUUUUGGCGGUUAGAGGUUAUUGUUUUCACAUGGGGAAGUGCAUUUACAGAAACCUAAUGUGUCUAUACAUGGAGAAGGUGGAAUCAAACCUUGAGGAGAAAAAUAAUAGUCAAUAUAGUCAGAAAGAGGAGGUCUUUCGCUGCAUCCUGACUCUCCAGUCGCUUUUAGAAAAUGCCCCGGGAGAUUUUCCAGAAACUCUUAGGGAAGGUAUUGUUAAGGGUUUCAUCCGGAUAUUUUCUUUUUUAAGGGAUGAGGGGAAGAUUUCACGGAAGCUUAUGGAUUGUGUUAAUACCUAUUUGUUAAAGGAUGGACCAAAUUUGGGUUGCCAGUCCUUGGAGAUCCAUGAUUCCAUGCAGCAUUUUGUUUAUCGCUGUUGGCUUACAACCCAUGAUCGUGGUCUCAAGGAUGCUCUUAUUUUAUAUGCUAGGCUACAACUGAACUUAACUAGAGAUGUUUCUGAAGCAAGUUCUCUGGUUGAACAACUUCUGGAUCUUGUAUGCAAGGAACUAGAUCAAAGCAGUUUACCUGGUGCUGGUGUGCCGAGGAAUGAUGGUACUAAGGAUGAUAAGUUUGGAACUCUCAAUAGCUCUCAAUGUGGUUUGGUGGAGCUUGCGGCACUUGUAUUUUAUCGGGCAUGCGUUCAUAUGACCAAAGCACCAUCAACUGAAAAACGGGCCAAGAGGGAGCAUGCUUCUCACCUUCUAAAGGAGGCCCUCAUGAAAGGAAAGUGGUUAUGGCAUGCUGUUUUUCGCUGUCUCAUUUGCAAUUACUACACUUGCAUUAGUGAGGACCUUUUUAUCUAUUGGUUUGAGGGCAUUUACACAAACUUUGAAAGAAUUUUGAAUGAUGCAAACAUGAGGCACGCUUAUGAUGGUUUGCUAUGGACCUUGCGGAGUUUGCAGGAACUGUCUUCUGCACUGUUGCUUCCAAAUUCACCAGUGGAGAUUCCAUCAAGUUCAUCAUUUUCCCCUAAUAAGUUUGAUUGUGGCUGGCAAAUGAUUUGGAACUGUCUGAUGCAUGGUUUACCAAUAUUCAGCAAUUUAACCACAGUGGUGGAGGCUGCUUUGGUGCUCCUUGGACGCAUUCUUUCAUGUGAUUCAAUAAAUACAUGUUUCGUACCCCAAGAUGUAUGGGAUCUCCAGUUAUUCAAACAAAUGCCAUCAACGUCUGCCUUGUACUUCAUAGCAUGCUAUUUUUCACGUAAAGGUUCUCAAGGUGACCAUCGAGACAUUUUUCAUCUGAGGAAAAAUCUGUUGAGAGCAACCUUGGGUUAUCUUGACUACAAGGAGGAUUCCACAUUGAAUGAAUGCUUGGUAUUGUUGUUACCAGCAGCCAUUUAUGCUCUUUGUGCUGGUUGUUCUCCUUUUACAAAUUACCACGGAGGGAAUUUCUUGUCAUACUCUUUUCUAGAUGUUACCGACAUUGGAGAUGAUAGGUUCAAGAUAGAUGAAUGUGAGCACAAAAGGCAGCUUGACCCUUUUAAAUGCUUUGUGGAAGUUCUUGCAAAAUUUGAUUUGGGUUCUAGUUCUAAGGUUUUCUCAUCUUACUGCCAUCAGAGUGUAUGUCUUCCCCAGCAACUUAGAGAUCCACUUCUGCAUGAAAUGGAGAAUUACAUUCUUGGAGCUGUAUUAAAUAAGAAUACCAAACAGAAGCCUCUAUCAGAGGUCUUCAUUAUGUGUGCUUUACUGUCCAAUAUUAUGUAUGGCUUGUUUUUAACAAGGAAAAGAGAGGUUUCUUUGUUUCUCUCCAAAGUGGGUCAUUGCUUAUUAGAAUUAAUAGAUCAUUCAGUUGAUUUAAUCCAAGAAAACUACAGUGAUGUUCAAUCUCUUGGUUGUUUUGGCUCAAACUCUGAUUUUAAUGAAAGAAGCUUCCUUGUAUCUUCACUUAGAAGCUUUAUCUGCUCCCCUGUUUUUGUCCAAUGGAGAGAUCAAGAUGUUCUAGAUGCUACACUUUAUGAUGGACUAAUUCAGGCCAUUGAGAGGGUUUUAACGUCUCUGACCAGACUGUAUGAAAAAUACUCUGACUGCAUAAGUAAUACUCAGUCUGAGACGAUACUUUCGGAAGUAUCUGUAUCUGAUACACAACUACAACGUUCCUGCAAACUAAAUAGCAAUAGAAAUAGGAUUGUGGAUGUGGAGUUGGAUGUAAAUGAGGAUACAAGGAACGUCAAUAGUUUGACUGUCAAUGGGAAUUUUGCCGCUGGAAUGUCCUAUUCAGCAGUGAAGUGGAAGUUGGAAAUAAUAUUUUUAAUUUCAUCAUUUUUCUCAGUUUUACAUGUUACAUGGGAUAUUCUCUUUGAGCUGAUGGAGAAAGAGUGCAGCCCUGAGGUUCGUGAGAAGAUUCUUUACUAUCUUUGUCAGCAUCCUAGCUGGUCCUCUUCUACAAAAAUCAUAGACUUGGUUAAAAUAAUGGAUAACAUGAUCAAGAUGCAAGUGAGUCUUAAGCUUGAUUGUGCUCAUAUACUGACUGCUAUUCAUGGCCUUCUGGGUACCUUGCUAUUGUUUGAAACUGCUGAAAGGGAUAAAAAAUAUGCUGUCCAAUCAUUGAGGGAAAGGGUGCCUGAACAGUGCUUGAUACAUCUUGGGGAUCUUUUGAACAAAGUUGCGGAAUAUGAUCUUCUUGACUGGUCUGGACGGGUUAAGCUGAUUGACUGUAUGUGUAAUUUUAUUUCACUCACACCUCAUAUUGGGCAGUCAAUGAUCGAGAGACUACUUUUGAUGCUUCAAGAUCCUGAUUAUCGAGUCAGGUUAUUUCUGGGCAGAAGAAUUGGUGUUCUAUUCCAAACUUGGGAUGGGCAUGAGGAGCUUUUCCAGGAUAUAUGUAACAAUUUUGGUGCUAUUCUGGUUGUUCACUCAAAAGAAAAACUUGUCAAUGCAAAGGAAGCCUUAGCUGCUGGUCCCCAGCCUCGUCCCAAACUGGAGACAAUUAUUAUUAGUCUUAUGCAUAUUGCUUUGCACAGUGAUAAAAUAGAGCUGGAGGCUGUUUUCAUGAUGAGUGUUGUGUCUGCUAUUGAUCCUUGCCAGAGGGACUUGGUGAAUGUGGCACUUGAUAAUCUAUCCCAACAGCUCCAGUAUGCAACUAGAUGGAAGUACUUUGAGGAAAUCUUUGGUUCAAUCCUCUUUUGGUGGGUUGAUUGUGGUGUUAGUUUAGUUGCAUUGGUUGAGAUUCGACGGCUUUUCGUAUCAGAUGCUGAACCUAGUUAUUUUAUGCAAUAUUGUUGCCAUUGGCUUCUUCCAGCUCUUGUUUUGCAUGGGGAAAACUCUGACCUGAAGUGGGUGGCUGAGAUUGCUGGUCAACCUCUUGCAGAGCUGGUAAAAAAUCACUUUGUGCCAAUCUUUUCUGUUAGCAUGGCUUUGCACUGCAGUGAAAGACCUGGAAAUGAAAUGGCAGCAAUGGUUCUUCAGAGUUCUAUUUUACACUUGGCUGAAAUUUCUGAGGAUGAAAGAGAUAAACUGAUAAAGAAACAUAUGGUAUCAAUUGUCAACCAUAUUCUAUCUCUUGCCUCUAGUGCACCAGAACCUGCAGUCCCUUUCUUUUCAAGGGAUACAAUCAUUCAUGCAAUCCAAACAGUUGUGGAUGGAUUUUUGGAAAUGGAUGAUUAUGCUAGAAGUGCUGGUGUUAUCGAUAAAAUCAACAUAUUUCGCCCUGAUAGAGUUUUCAUGUUUAUAGUGGAAAUGCAUUACAAAAUUUCUGCAGCAGUUCAUCACAGGCAUAAAUGUCAUCGGUUGGCUGGGAUUGAGGUGCUUAUAAAUAUUCUUGGGCAUAGAGCUGCUGUUUCAAGCACUUCCAAUUAUCUUUUCAAUUUGAUUGGCCAAUUCAUUGGUUGUCAUGCUUUACAAGACCAGUGUUGCCGGAUCAUAUCUGCUUUGCUCAAACCUUUCAAAAAUAACCCAUCAAAAGAAAUUAUCCAUGUGCUUGGCGAACAACUUCAGUUUUUGGUAUCAAAGUUGGUGGCCUGCUGCAUUCCUUCUGAUGCUAGUGCAGUACCUUCUAGCUCAAGAUCAUCCCAAGUUUUAUCGUUGCUUCUCCAGUUAACAGUGGAUUCUGAUCCAUCUCUUUAUGAUUACGUCAGAGAAUUAGAACCCUUCCCGGAAAUAGAUAUUUUUGAUGGAUUACGAAAUUUCCACGAGAAAUUAUGCCAGGCCUAUUCUGCAAGAGACCACUUAUUGAAGGUAAUCUGCCUUAGUAUUUUACUUUGGUUGUAUUGUCAUUUAGGUAAUUUGGAUAUUUUUACCAAUUUCCACCUUGUUCUUUGGUUUUCUGCUUUUCAGUUUGUGAAAAGAUCUUGCUACCUUCCAUCAAGAAUCCUUUCCUGGAGUCUUCAAGCUCUGCAUAAGAAAUUACUUAUGAAUGAGAUAUCUCAGAGGGAAAAGAAAGCUGAAGAUGUUGUUGAUUGGCAUUCUGACCAUGAAAUCAUAUAUGCAGUCUGGUCACUUGUUCGCAUGUGUGGCUCAGAUGAUGCUAAUGGUAUUAGAGCAUUGGUAUCUGACUUUGUAUCAAGGGUUGGCAUUGGGGAUCCACACUGUGUUGUUUUCCAUUUGCCCAGAGACUCCAGUCAUAUGCAGUCAAGUCAACCCAUUAAUAAUGGUAGUACUACUGAAAUCAACUUUCACACUGAUGCUGUUCUAUCUGAAGAACUUCUGAUCUCGCUGUUGAAAGUUUUGAAGAAAUAUCUUAUGGAUGAUUCUGUCAAAAUAGUAGAUAUGACAUCACAAACUCUUCGGGGAAUACUUUCAACUGAAAGGGGUCAAAGAGCUAUAAUGUCCUUUGAUUCUUAUGAGAGGUCCCUUCUUGAGGUUCACUCAAAGGGUGUUAACAUAGACCUGGUGGAGAAGUUCCUGUUGGAUCUGGAAAGGAAGUCUAAAGUUGAUGUAGUUUCGUUGGAGAAUUCUGCUGUAUGGGAGACAGAGAAUAAAACUUUUGAGAUGUGGAUUUGUCCUCUUGUACACUCACUGAUUGGCUACUGUGAUGAUGUGAUACUAAGAUUAUUUCAAGAUAUUGUAUUGCUGAAAUCUGAAGUUGCUGAGCUUCUCUUGCCGAGUGUGUUUGUCAAUUUAGCUGGAAGGAAGGCUACAGAUAUUGAUCUGCAAAAAUUAAUUUCUUUGCAGGUUCAGGAACAUAUAUUGGUGGAAUCUAAUAAAUUGAUAAAAUCAAUUCAAGUAUUUCUGAAUUCCCUCUAUGAACUUCGGUUAUGUCAUGUCAUGGAAAGAUCUUCUUUAGUACAACUGAAACAAGAACAUUCUAAGUAUUCUAAGCCUUCUAGCGGUGGUUCAAAAUCCCAUUCCACCUCAAAGAAGGCUAGAGACAGGGCAGCUUCAUCAAAUGUGGCUAACAUAACAUCUGUGUGGGACAAGGUUUAUUGGCUUUCAAUUGAUUAUCUUGUUGUUGCCAAGUCAGCGGUUAUUUCUGGUUCGUAUUUUACUGCAUUGAUGUAUGUGGAGCAUUGGUGUGAAGAGCAUUUCAAAAGUCUCACACUGGGGAGACCAGACUUCUCCCAUCUUGAGACGUUACCACAUCAUGUUGAAAUACUUGUCUCAGCAAUUACUCAAAUAAAUGAACCUGACAGCUUAUAUGGGGUCAUCCAGUCACACAAGCUGUCCUCUCAAAUCGUUACCUUAGAGCACGAGGGAAACUGGAGUAAGGCCCUUGAAUAUUAUGAGUUACAAGUACGGUCUGAUUCCAUGGUGCAAUUGAAUGGUGGAUCUAGAGCCUUAUCACCGUUUAUGCAACCAACAAUGCAUUUGUCUCUACCAGAAAAUGAUGUGAAGGAGAGGAAACCUUACAAAGGGCUGAUUAGAUCUUUGCAGAAAAUUGGUUGUAUGCAUGUGCUGGAUAUGUAUUGCCAAGGAUUGACUUCUCGAAAAGGCCAGUUUCAGCAUGACCUGGAGUUCACUGAAUUGCAGUAUGAGGCUGCAUGGCGUGCAGGAAACUGGGAUUUCUCUUUAGUUUGUGAUGGAGUUUAUUCUUCUUCAGUUCAACACAUUAAAAUUAAUCAUUUCAAUGAAAAUUUGCACAGCUGCUUGAGGGCAUUUCAAGAAGGUGAUUCUGCUGAGUUUUUUGGAAAAUUAAGGGAUUCAAAGCAGGAGCUUCUAUUGUCUGUCUCUCAUGCAAGUGAGGAAAGCACUGAAUAUAUCUACUCAACAAUAAUUAAACUUCAGAUUCUUUAUCAUCUUGGUGUAGCUUGGGAUAUCCGAUGGAAACCUUCAAGUGAAAGAAUAAAAUUCUAUCCUGAGAAGCAAAAAUUGAUUCCAGAACCUGUAAUUCCUACUAUGAACCAGUUGUCAUGGCUGAAUAUGGACUGGAGCUCAAUUUUGGACCGAACACAAUUACAUAUGAACUUGUUAGAACCAUUCACAGCAUUCAGGCGAGUGCUACUUCAAAUUUUGGGCUGCAAGGAGUGUACCAUGCAGCACCUUUUGCAAUCAGCAUCCACUCUUCGUAAGAACUCGAGGUUUUCUCUAGCAGCUGCUGCUUUGCAUGAGUUUAAGUUACUUUGCACUGGACCUGGUGAACAGUUUUCAACUUUAUAUGGGCUUGGGAGGCUUGAAGAAGCGAAGUUAUUGCGUGCCCAAGACCAGCAUGAGAUGGCCAUCAAUCUUGCAAAGUACAUAUCAGAAAAUUAUCAAUUAAAUGAAGAAGCUUCAGAUGUACAUCGUUUGGUUGGAAAGUGGCUAGCAGAAACUAGAUCUAGCAACUCAAGAACUAUUUUAGAGAAGUACCUGAAACAUGCAGUUUCACUUGCUGAGGGUCAGGGCACUGCAAACAAGAAGUCCAUUGAAAGACAAUGUCAAACUCAUUUUCAUCUUGCACACUAUGCAGAUGCUUUAUUCAGGAAUUAUGAGGAAAGAUUGGCUUCUAAUGAGUGGCAAGCAGCAUUGCGAUUGAGGAAUCACAAGACAAGGGAGUUGGAAGCACUUAUUCGGCGGCUAAAAAGUGCAAAGGGAGACAAAGUAGACUAUUCGGUAAAAAUACAAGAGUUGCAAAAGCAACUGGCAAUGGACAAGGAAGAGGCUGAAAAAUUGCAGGAUGACAGGGACAAUUUUCUUGGCCUAGCAUUGGAGGGAUAUGAACGCUGUUUGGUAAUUGAUGACAAAUAUGAUGUAAGAGUGGUUUUUCGGCUUGUGUCCUUAUGGUUCAGUCUCUCUUCUAGACAAAAUGUCAUAGAUAGCAUGCUUCAAACAAUUAAUGAGGUUCAGUCUUAUAAAUUUAUACCACUAGUGUACCAAAUUGCUUCCAGGAUGGGGAGCUCAAAGGAUGGUCCAGGGCCUCAAAAUUUUCAGUUUGCCUUGGUUUCUCUUGUGAAGAAGAUGUCCAUUGACCACCCAUACCACACAAUCUUUCAGAUUCUAGCUCUAGCAAACGGUGAUCGAAUCAAGGACAAACAACGAAGUAGAAACUCAUUUGUGGUGGACAUGGAUAAAAAGCUUGCAGCAGAAAAUCUUUUGGAAGAGUUAUCAUCCUAUCAUGGACCCAUAAUCAGACAAAUGAAAACAAUGGUGGAGAUUUAUAUUAAGCUUGCAGAGCUUGAAACUAGGAGAGAGGAUACUAAUAGACGGAUUACAUUACCAAGAGAUAUUCGCAAUCUUCGGCGACUGGAACUUGUACCUGUAGUAACUGCAAAUGUUCCUGUUGACCGUACCUGCCAAUAUAAUGAAGGCUCUUUCCCAUGUUUCAAUGGAUUAGCUGAUUCAAUAAUGGUUAUGAAUGGUGUAAAUGCUCCAAAGGUGGUUGAGUGCUUUGGUUCAGAUGGCCAUAAAUAUAGACAGCUUGCAAAAUCCGGAAAUGAUGAUUUAAGACAAGAUGCUGUAAUGGAACAAUUUUUUGGUCUGGUUAACACUUUCUUACAGAAUCAUCAGGAUACAUGGAAAAGAAGAUUGGGAGUACGCACAUAUAAGGUGGUUCCUUUUACUCCAAGUGCUGGUGUUCUUGAGUGGGUUGAUGGAACUCUUCCUCUUGGAGAAUAUCUUAUUGGAAGCACCAGAAAUGGAGGUGCCCAUGGUUGUUAUGGAGUUGGAGACUGGACAUUCAUGAAAUGCAGAGAACACAUGUCAAAUGAAAAAGACAAGCGCAAAGCAUUUCAGCAAGUUUGUGAGAAUUUCAGGCCUGUCAUGCAUUACUUUUUCCUGGAGAGGUUCUUACAACCAGCUGACUGGUUUGAGAAAAGACUUGCAUACACACGAAGUGUUGCAGCUAGUUCAAUGGUGGGUUACAUUGUUGGCCUCGGAGAUCGACAUUCAAUGAACAUCUUGAUUGAUCAAGUCACCGCAGAAGUUGUUCACAUAGAUCUUGGUGUUGCCUUUGAACAAGGCUUGAUGCUCAAGACACCGGAGCGGGUUCCAUUCAGGCUGACUAGGGACAUUAUUGAUGGCAUGGGUGUUACUGGAGUAGAAGGGGUUUUCAGAAGAUGUUGUGAGAAAACUCUGUCUGUUAUGCGGACAAAUAAAGAAGCUUUGCUGACCAUCAUUGAAGUUUUUAUCCAUGAUCCCUUGUAUAAAUGGGCUUUAUCCCCCUUGAAGGCUUUGCAACGUCAGAAGGAAUUGGAUGAUGAUCUGGAGACAAGCUUGGAAGGCACAGAAGGUGAACAUGAAGGGAACAAGGAUGCUACACGUGCACUAAUGCGUGUCAAGCAAAAGCUAGAUGGAUAUGAAGAUGGUGAAAUGAGAAGUGUACAUGGGCAGGUACAACAACUUAUACAAGAUGCCAUCAAUCCGGAGCGCUUAUGUCUAAUGUUUCCUGGAUGGGGAGCGUGGCUGUGAUACGAUUAUUUAACAUAUACACUAUCAACAUCUAGUCAUCUUGUACAGGCGGCCAUAUAUAUAUAUUUCACCAUAUAGUGAUGUUCUGUGUUAUAAGUGUCUAUAUAUAUAAAGGAUAAUCUAUAAAGAAAGAAGAAUUGAUACUUUUUAAUAAUUUAAUUAAUUUUGAGGAAAAACACUUGUAAAGGAAGAAGGGAAAACAUUUCUGUGGCCAAAUAGAUCGUUAGAACUGUUUCUGCCAAAGUAUUUCAGAUUUAUCAAUGGAUUUUCAAGGCUAAAUCAAGGACAGUUUUUGGGUUUAAAAAAUAAAGAAAGACGGGGGUUUCUGCAG